GAUCUGCGCUUCCAAACGCCAUGAUCUUUUUUUUUCCUUCUCUUCUUCUGGCACUCGGCAUAUGAAUGUGUCGAGCAUACUGUAGCCUUUGUACAUGCAUUUUGUCAAGAUAUUGAGUUGCUGAAGCAUUGCUUGGUUUGUGAUGCACCUGCCCUCUGCCUCCUGGACGGUGAGACAAAUGCGCUGCAGCAUCCAUUGCAGUCUUUGCAUGCUGUCCUCCUUAGAUGUUGCUUGGUUCAAGUACUUAUCAAUUAACAAGGAGAGGGAUCGUGUGGCAAGUUCACCUAUGAUUGCAGAGAUGGCUGCAUCCAUUGGGCCAAACUUCUCCUGCAACUGCAAGAUGGUGUAGUGGAUCCAUGAGAGCGUAUGGGAUUUAUAGUGUAUACUGGUGUAAUGUAACAUUUGGUAAUAUGAAUUUUUUUUGUGGUUAAGGAGGAGUUUGGGAAAAGAGCAAAGAGGGAAUCAUGUGUGGCGGAAAAACAUUCCACUGGGGUAAAGAGUAAAAAACUAAACAGCUGGAGGAUUUUUUGUCACUUUCAUGGCCGAGGAAAGUCCAAAAUUUAUUUGAAAUGCCUUCUCUUUGUCCUCAGUAGAACCAUAGAAGGGCAGGGUACUGUUUCAGACACGUAAAAUAGAUGGGCAGCUUUGCAGUAGGGUCCCAUAGUUGAUGAUGGCACUGUGUCACUAAGCAAAGGUCUGAGAGUCAAGAUCUGUACCUUUCUCAGCUGGUAGUGAUAUUCAUUGACAAUGAUGGAGAGGAAAUGUAAAUCCAGCGAAAAAAGGAGUCCCAAGGGUCAAAGAUGAAGCAUCUCGUGCAUGGACCGUCAUAUUGGACCGACCUUUUGUAGACUUGUACUAUCCUGGGUGAACUAGCCUCUAGAUCCAUAAAUUUCUUCAUCAGCAAAAGCUCCAAGCCAAAGGUGCUGGGUGUGGAGGACAGCCUGCAAAUGGCUCUCAUUCGAGCACAAGUUAUCAUCGACGAGGCCACAGGACGCCACAUCACGAACCAAGCUAUGCUCCAGCAGGUGGACAUGAUAAGAGAUGCCAUGUACCAAGGCUGUUACAUACUUGACGCCUUCAGAUACCUAUAUCACGAUGAGGAGAAUACCAAAGAUCAGGUUGUGAGUAAUUCUUUCUCCCUGUCAAAAGUAAAUUCUCUGAAAGGAAUCUAUUCUUCCAAUAAAAAGACACGGAUUUUGGAACAAUUGCAAGACACCCUUGACAAUUUGAACUGUAUGAUCCUUGAUAUGAAAGAGCUGGUUGUGUUCAUGACGAGCUACUCUCGCCUCUACCGCCAGCCAUAUAGCAUGCAUCUACUGCUGGGAAACUGCAUGUUCGGCCACCAGAUGGAAGCAGAGCUUGUCCUCAAUUUCCUAUUGCACGCACAACCUAAUGGUGCUGAAGAAUUGGAGGUCUUGCCACUUGUCGGUCCUGGCAAAGUUGGCAAGAGCACCCUUGUCGCACAUGUUUGCAAUGAUGAAAGAGUCCGUGAUCAUUUCUUAGAAAUCGUGUUCAUGAGCGACCACGAUUUCAAAGAUGAAAAGUUAACCUAUCUUGGGGAAAGAUGUGUGAAGAAACAUCAAAAGCCCAUGUUGAAGAAAGAUGGGAGGCUGCUAGUCGUUGUUGAGAUGGCUGGAGACAUGAACGAAGAUGAGUGGAAGAGGCAGUAUGCUGCUUCAAAAAGGUGUAUGACAAAGGGUAGUAAAAUCAUAAUCACAAGCCGGUCUGACAAGAUCACAAAGCUUGGAACGACGAGGGCAGUAACACUGAAAUAUAUGUCUCAUGAAGCAUGCUGGUACUUCUUCAAAACACUUACAUUUGGAAGCACAGACCCCAUGAUGCACCCGAGGAUGAUAUGUCUAGCCAUGGAGAUAUCCAGGAUGCUGAAAGGGUCUCUCUUUAGUGCAGUGGCCAUUAUCUGUUUGCUGAGGGACAACUUUAACACCCACUUCUGGUGCAAGGUUGUGACUUUUUUUAGAUGGUUCAUCAAGUGGCACGUCUCCGAAUUCGGUGAGCAUCCAUCCGUUGUUCUGAACCAAAAUAAACCUGCACACCUUUGGAGAAUGGCUAGAACUUCUGAAGAGAUUGUGGUUUACCAUCAAUAUGAGGGCUCUUCACAAGAGGAGCUUCCGACGAUAGCAUUCCCAAGUGUGUUGUAUGGGAGCGUGAAGCCCUCUGGGAGAUUUGAAGCCCUAGUAUGGAGGUCUCAGAUACCGCCCUACUAUAACUAUAUCUAUACUUGUGAGAUUCGCGAUCUGAAAACUAAUGCUGCUAAGAGGAAGCGUUCUUAGUUCUGUUAUUUUGAAGCUUAGAUACGUGUAUAUCUGUAUAUGUUUUGAUAGGGUGUCUCCACUCACAAUUUAUAAACAUAUAUAGUAAUAAAAAAUGAUAUGAUGUCA